UGUAUGAGACAGUCCUCCGCCCUUUGAAGAAUAUAAUCAACAAAGCAGUCGUUCCUGCGGCUGAUAUAUAAGCCUUCGAAACAUAUUGUCAACUACUGCAUAGAUUCGCCUCACUAAAGGGCUCUUCCCAAUGGAAAAAGCAUUUUGGCUAAUGCGAAUCAUUCUCUUGUUUCUGGGAAGUUGUCGACGAGUUGGCGAUUCAAUUGAACAAGAAAAACCCCCGAUUCUUGACGAGCAAAAGAAUAUAUAUCGUCGCGCCCCUUCACUAUAUCGGCAGCGAGGAGCUAGCCCCAUGCCCGGCGGAACGUCUAUGAAACCCAUCAACCCUCUAUUAUCGACCUACUCAAGGCCCAAGGGCUGGAACCCAGCCGACCUACCAGGAUAUCCACAUACACACCGGAGAGACGAUGUUCUUGGGCAGAAGACUAGAAAGAAUCAGCUGAUCUUCCCUAGUACGUCAUUGGCGAAACAAAAGAUGUCAGCCAAUACAGAGGCCUGUUUGAACCCAUUUACCACCUGCCAAUUGCUUUCAAGAGACCUUCCUGCGCGAAUUGUGACUUUCACAUGUGCGUUGAAGCCAGUCAUGCGGCGAGUGUUUUCGGAGGCGGAUUCUGUUCAUCGAGACGCUCAGUGGCUUAGACCACACUGAUUGGGACUUUCCAGAUCGUGGAAUAUGGGGUCAGUCUUUCUCUUUCGGUGAGACAAGAUAGUUGGAAGAGAAUAGUCUCGCGGUCGAAGAUGACUCGAAUUUACGUUCGCUUAUGAUGCCGGUGUUGCGUUCUCUCCCAAAAUGGAUGGCGUUGUCGAGAAUGAAAGACCAAUCAUGGAAGAACUCAACAGAAUGCAGACCUCACAACACCAAUAUUGAAUAUAUGCAUCAUUUGUUUUGCUGCAGGUGAAGUCCGAUACUUCAGUCAAACUCGUUUUUUCCAACU